AUGCCUGAAGUAGCAGAAGUUGCCCAUGUGUGUGCAUUGAUAAGGAGAAAUUUACUUGGAUUUAGUAUUUCCAAGCUUAACAUGAAUAAUGAUCCUCUUCUAUUUCCAUUUUUGAAAAAUAAUCCCAAUGCAGAUCAAGAAUUGGUGGAUUUACAGUCGACAUUGACUGGUUCCACUGUUAAGUCAGUCGGGAGACAUGGAAAGUACUUUUGGCUAAGGCUAAACCUCAACAAAGGAUCAAAAGAUCAAACUGGCGUUUUAUUGAUGCAUUUCGGAAUGACAGGUAUGAUCAAAAUUAAGAAUGUCAAAUCUCACUUAAUAUUCAUGGAAAAUGGAGGCGAUAAGAAAGUAUUGAAGAGAUUGGAAGAAGAGAAAAAAUCAACAGGAGCUCAAUCGGAGUAUUUCAAGAAGGAAGAGGAUGAUGACGCCAGAUCGUUAGAAGUAGAUAAAAGUGUGACAGAAGUAAAAUUCGAAGAUACUAAAAAACUAGAGGAUGCGAGUGAAUCUGAUCAAGAAGAAUGGCCUCCCAAAUUUGUAAAGUUUGAAAUGGAAUUACAAAAAGACAACGACAAAUUCGAUCUCGCUUUUGUUGAUCCUAGAAGACUAGGUAGAGUGAGAUUUUUAUCUGGUCCAUUGGUUCAAUCAGACGAUGAUUUAAUGAAGCAAGAGCCAUUAUCAGCAUUAGGUCCUGAUUAUUCAAAACCACUUGAAAUGCCCCAGACAGAAUUCACAACUGGAGAUCCUGAUCCUGACAGCCAUGGAAAGAGUAGAUUAUCUCUUGAGGAGUUUAACGAAUUAAUUUUAUCCAAAAAGAAGCCUAUUAAAAGCUUAUUGCUAGAGCAAGGAUUUUUUGCUGGUGUAGGAAACUGGAUGGGGGAUGAAAUUCUUUAUCACGCCAGGAUUCACCCUAACGAAGUAUUAAGCAGUAAAAUACCGAAAGGGGAUUCUGUGGAUAAUAUAAUAGAAAGGUUAUACAAUUCAAUCUUAUAU